GCAGAUGGAUAUUGGAGGGAUGGCGUGCACUGGAUGGGAGAGGAGGAAGAGGAGGAUGAAGACGAAAAUGAUCAACAACCAGAGGACGAAGAAGAACAAGCAGAAGACAACAGCAACGACGACUUCCCAAAUAACUUCAGAGGCCACGGCGGCCAUGACCUCGGCGACCGCCUAGGCACACUACCCACAAACGACAAAGAAGGCACCGCAGCCCUAAUCAAGCAGUCUCAACUCAAUCCUCACCCUCGCUCAGCAAUCUCCGACCACGGCUACCUCAUCCAAAUCGGUCUCCUACCUCACCCCAUCGUCGAAAAGCCCGGCUACGUCUCUCGCAUCCUCCGCGUACCAACCAGAAUGACAUUCGAGAAACUCGCCGAAGCCAUCAACACAGCCUUCGACUGGACCGGCUUCCACCUCCACGAAUUCAAACUCUGCAAACCCUGCCUCAAACGCACUCGCUGCAUGUGCGUACUCUGCGAACCCGUAGUCGCCAAAUUCAACCAAACUAUCGAUGGCCACGCCUACGUCGACGAAUGGUACGAGCAAUUCUACACCAAUUUCGAUGCUGAUAAAGUGACCCUCGGAGAUGUUUGGGGCCAUGACGCUUGCAGAGCAAUGAACAUGUGGUACAGAUACGAUUUUGGCGACGACUGGCAACACCUGAUCCAUUUCCUGGGCGAUGCUGAUGAUAGACUUGGUCCUGCUAUGGCUUUACCUCGCAGUCAGGAGGUUUGGUGUUUAAGCGGUGAAGGACACCCUUGGCCCGAGGAUAUGAGAGAGGAUUGGAUGGACUGGAAAGAUCGUACUAAUCUGUAUGAAUGGGAUCGCCAAAUUGUCAAUAAGGAGUUGCGCAAGCUGGAGAUUUGAGAGAAAUGGAUUCAUGUUGGAUAAGAGAUAUGUUCUUAGCUUCUCGAUAUACACACUCAUUUUCAGACUA